UGUCGCCUGUCACCGUGUAGAGGGCGCGGGCUGGGAUCCUCCAAGAGGGUGGGCUCCCCGCCGACCGGGUCCGCGGUGAGCCGCUGGGGGCGGGCCGAGUCCGCGUGCCUGGCAGAAUGUCCCUGGCUGCUUAUUCUGUCAUCUGUUGCAGAAGAAUAGGAACCUCCACUCCUCCACCAAAAACCAGCACAUACUGGAGAGAUUUCAGAAAUAUAAUAAAGUUUACUGGAUCACUUAUUUUAGGAGGUUCUUUAUUUCUUACCUAUGAAGUUCUGGCCUUGAAGAAAUCUUUGACAUUAGAUACUCAAGUAGCAGAAAGAGAAAAAAUGAAGUCAUAUAUAUACGUGCACAAAGUUUCUUCAGAUAAAAGAGAAAACCAUGGACUCACCUACCAGGCAAGAAAAGAGCUUCACAAAGCAGUAAGAAAGGUGUUGGCAACAUCAGCCAAGAUAUUGAGGGGUCCCUUUGCUGAUACUUUCAGUACAGUUGAUGUGGAAGAUCAUGAAUGCGCCGUGUGGCUGCUCCUGAGGAAGAGUAAAUCGGAAGACAGGACAGCGCGCUUGCAGGCUGUGCAGGAAAUGUCAGAGGCCCAUCACUGGCUCGAUUACCAGUAUAGGAUAAUUGCUCAAGCCUGUGACCUGAGAACUCUCAUUGGUUUGGCACGAAGCAAAGAGAGUGAUCUUCGCUUUUUUCUCCCACCGCCUCCUUUGCCAUCUUUAAAAGAAGAUUCUUCUAUUGAAGAAGAGCUCAGGCAGCUGCUGGCUUCUUUACCUCAAACGGAGCUAGAUGAGUGUAUCCAGUAUUUUACAUCUUUGGCUCUGAGCGAAAGCAGUCAAAGUCUAGCUGCUCAGAAGGGUGGCCUGUGGUGUUUUGGAGGAAAUGGACUUCCUUAUGCUGAGAGUUUUGGAGAAGUUCCUUCAGCUACAGUGGAAAUGUUCUGUUUAGAAGCUUUAGUAAAACAUUCUGAGAUACCCACACAUUGUGAUCAAAUUGAAGCAAACGGAGGCUUACAACUACUUCAGAGGCUGUACCAACUUCACAAGGACUGUCCUAAAAUACAGAGAAAUAUAAUGCGUACCAUUGGAAAUAUGGCUUUGAAUGAGCAUCUUCAUUCUACUAUAGUUCGCUCAGGCUGGGUUUCCAUUCUGGCAGAAGCAAUGAAGUCUCACCACAUUAUGAAGGCCUCACAUGCUGCCAGAACCCUGGCUAACCUAGACCGAGAGACAAUGCAAGAAAAAUACCAGGAUGGCGUGUAUGUGCUGCACCCCCAGUACCGCACGAGUGAGCCCAUUAAAGCAGAUGUCCUUUUCAUUCAUGGCCUUAUGGGAGCAGCAUUUAAGACAUGGCGCCAGCAGGACAGCGAGCGGGUUUUGCCCGAAAAGAUUUCAGAAGAUGAGGCCAGGUAUACAACAUGCUGGCCCAAGACGUGGUUAGCAAGAGAUUGUCCUGCUCUCCGAAUUAUAUCUGUGGAGUAUGACACCAGCCUUAGUGACUGGAGAGCAAGGUGCCCAGUGGAAAGAAAGUCCAUUGCAUUCAGGAGCAACGAACUUCUGAGGAAGCUCAGAGCUGCUGGUGUUGGAGAUAGGCCAAUGGUUUGGGUAUCACAUAGCAUGGGAGGUCUGCUUGUCAAAAAGAUACUGUUGGAAGCCUCUAAGAAGCCAGAAAUGAAUACUGUUAUAAACAAUACCAGAGGAAUAGUGUUCUACAGUGUCCCUCAUCAUGGGUCCCGUCUGGCUGAAUACUCUGUUAAUAUUCGCUAUCUUCUCUUUCCCUCUUUGGAAGUCAAAGAACUCAGCAAGGAUUCCCCUGCACUUAAAACACUACAGGAUGACUUUCUGGAGUUUGCUAAAGACAAAAACUUCCAGGUGCUGAAUUUUGUAGAGACACUACCAACACACAUCGGUAGCAUGAUUAAACUCCACGUGGUGCCUGUGGAAUCAGCAGAUUUAGGCAUUGGGGAUCUAAUUCCUGUGGAGGUUAACCAUCUGAACAUUUGUAAACCAAAGAAAAAGGAUGCUUUUUUGUACCAACGUACCUUACAAUUCAUCCGUGAAACUUUAGCCAAAGACCUUGAAAACUGACUGUUGUCUUCCGUUUUUCGUAUGUGAACACAGCAUGGGAACCUUGGUGUUUGCUGUCUCCCUGUGCGUGCUAAGCAAUCAUGCAAACAUAGUCACUGUGGCAUCUUGGGUAUAUUGCAGGCAAUAGAAUAUUUUGUCAAUUCAUGCUGUAAAGUACAAACACAGAGGUGGCAUCAGAGAAUGAAGGGCUAGACUGGAGUCUGGAUUUAAAGGAAAUGCCAUGUGUGCCAGUUUACAUUUUGCCGUGUUGUCUCUGGUGAUGGGGAGCAAGCUUCUCUAGAUGGAGACUGCUGUAUGUCACCUGUGGCUGUACCCAGCUGGUGCUAGGAGGGGCACUAAUGGCUUCUGCAAGGAGAGCUGUCAUCAACGUACCAUAAAAAUGCCAUUUGGGGAGCACCUCGGAUGGAGAGCAUGAACUAGUAUAAAAGGCUCUGCUUUCAUUCUGGGUUUCAUGUGCUGUAAGAUUUUAAAAACAUGUCAGUUGAAAUAUUUGUCUAAUAUGCUAAUAUUGCAAGACCUGUUGACAUCCAUGGGCCAGUUCUUCUAAAUUUUUAUUUUCAUAUUGCUGAGAACAAAUAUUUCUCUUUUUAAAAAAAUUCUAGGCUAUGGUAAUUCUUUCCAGAUUGUAGCUGCCUAUCCUUGUAAUUUUUUCCAGCUAAGAAUAAAGUAGCUAGUCCAUUA